AUGGAAACGUCGAGUUGGAACCGAGUUCUGCCAUGGACCACAGCACAACGUGGGAACUGGGUUCAGGUUCGCCAUAAAUUUAGGGAUUUGAGGGCCAGGGCUAGGCUUGUCCAAACAUAUCCAGGUUCACCCCUCGGCCAUGGCCGGGUUUGCAGGAGGAUAUCUUCGCUCCCACCCAAGCAAUUCCUUUUUUUCGCCAUUUUCCAGGGGAAUGCUAGGGAAGAAUACCAUGCAUCUUGGUUGUCGACCCCAUCACAGCCUCCAUCCUUUCCUUUGGAGGCAAGGUUUGGACACCCGAAGCAGGAUCCCGUUUCUGUCUGCCAUUGUUAUCUCUUCGCAAACAUUCUACCUUGUGCUAUAGUGAAAUCACAAUUGGCGACAGCUGUUCCGAGUUGGACGUAUGCUUCCUCAGCCGCCGUCGCCGAAGCCGGAGCUGACCUUAAAGGCACUUAUCAACCGAUGGCUGCUAUAAUUUUUCUGCACAUGCACACCUACCACCAAACGCUAUUAUUCGUUUUCCUGUGGUUUGUUCCCUAG